CCCAAAUUUCCAUAUCUCCCCCCUCCAAGACCCUUCUUCAUCCCUCUGGCGACUAGCCCCCCUCCAAGACCACAUCCCUCUGGCGAUCAGCCCCCCUCCAAGACCGAUCCUCCUCCACGAGAUCCAGUCUCCGAUCCUUCAUCUUCAUCAUCUCGAAGUUGUAGCUGCUCGAGCGCUGAGGCCGCCAGCCAAGGGGUCAAAGUGGGCGUAGCUUGCGGGCUGUUUUACUCGGCGCUGGUGGUCGACGGUAGGGUUUGGAUCUGGGGGAAUGGGGACGAGGGGAGAUUAGGGUUUAGGGAUGAGACGUCGAGGUUCGAGAUGGAGAGGAACGAUAACCUUAAUGCGGUGAGGAUGCUUGCUCUUGGUGGGGUUCAUUCUACUGCCCUCAGUAGAAAAGGGGAGAUCUUUACUUGGGGUUAUGGAGGGUUUGGAGUGCUUGGGCAUUCUGUUUAUCAUAUAGAGCUUUUGCCUAGACUUGUGAAUGGUCCUUGGGAAGGAACCAUAUCCCAUCUUGCCACUACUGGAGCCCACACUGCGGCUAUUACUGAUUCAGGUGUGUCUUGUAUCAACCAAGAAUAAAAACCUCUAGCACUUCACUGUUUGUAGAUGAAUUGGUUGUCAGGUGAUAGCAUUUGAAAAGUCUGGUAAGUUGUUAUACGUCCAACUUCAUAUCACAUUAUACAAACUGUUUCUUGAUGUCAUUCCUAAAAGCUAUUAUUUCAAAAAUACAUAGAUUAAAGUGAUUCCCACCUAAGGUGACACCUUAGAUUCCCACCUAAGGACGCAGCCUAAAGUCUGAUGAUUUAGAAGAAUCAUUUGAGGAAGGUAAUGGUUAAUACAUACGGAAUAACUUGUACAUUGCCAUUUUUAAUGUGAUGAAGCACUUUGUUUUUUUAAUUUUUUUCAAUACAGAUGAAGUUCUCACUAUUGCGUGAAGUUUGAUCAAGGUUGGCGGAGGAUGAAGUUUGAUCAAGAUUGACGGAAGAUGAAGUUUGAUCAAGUUUUGAUGAAUAAGAUAAAGAACUCUUCAUGUAUCCAACUAGUAAAUCUACGUCAACCAAUCCUCACAAGGACCGUAAUGGAGAUUUUGCAGUUUUUUUUGCUUAGUCCAACUGCAGAAGUUGCAGCAGAGAUGUUAUUAGAUGAUGUAAAUUUUCAAACAGAUGUCCUUAAUCCUCAACAGAUGUCUUAAAAUUUCAAACUACCUGUAUGUUCUUUAAUCCUCAACAGAUGUCUUUUAUGCACACUAGCAAUAUAUGUUGCUGAAAAGAGCUUGGUAAUAGAUGAGAUGGCAUCUACUGCACGGUUGUUGCAUAUCGACAUGAAAAAAGUGCACAGUCUAAACAGGGAAAUAUGCAUUGUGAAGUUCCCUCUCAUAUUUAAUACUCUUGGAGGCCUUCUUUGAUUCUGUUUUAUUGUAUUGAUUAGUCUCAUGAUGUCAUGUAUUGAUGUUGUAAAUGGCUAACC